UUUGAAAUAUUUGCUCACUCACUCACUAGCACACUUUACUGCUAAGAAAUCUUUGUGCAAAUUAAAUUGGAGCGAUGGCGAUGGAAGGAGUGGAGAUGGUUCAUCUGGAAAACAAUAACGCUGUAGUUAACGGCGUUGGUGGAGAUGAAAUUGGAGGUUCAAGAUGGUGGGAAUUCGAUGGACCGGUUCCAUCUUAUCAUGAUAACAGUGGCAUAAACCGUCACUGGUUUCCUAAAGAUUUUGUGUUUGGAUCUGGAACUGCCGCCUUUCAGGUUGAAGGAGCUGCUACAAAAGGAGGCAAAGGCAUCAGCAUAUGGGAUGAGUUCUCUAUGAGGCUUCCUUGGAAGAUAGCUGAUGGAUCCAAUGGAAGUCUUGCAUGUGAUAUGUACAACAGAUAUAAGGAAGAUAUUCAGAUGAUGAAGCAUAUGGGAUUUGAUGCGUACAGGUUUUCCAUUUCAUGGCCAAGAAUAUUGCCAGCCGGAAGAGUAUCGGGUGGAAUCAACAAAGAAGGAAUUGCUUACUAUAAUGAUGUUAUCAACACUGUGUUACACCAUGGCAUGAAGCCUUUUGUGACACUGUUUCACUGGGAUCUUCCUGUGUGCUUGGAAAAAGAGUACGGUGGCUUUCUAUCCAAAAGAGUCAAGGAUGAUUUUCGCGAGUUUGCAGAAGUGUGCUUCUGGGAAUUUGGCGAUCGUGUGAAACAAUGGAGCACCUUGAAUGAGCCGUGGACCUACGCCGUUAACGGAUACGUUAGAGGGUCGUUUCCACCGGGCCACAAAGUUCCGGUCUCCGACGACAAACUUGCCACAAAGAUUCCCCCCGGCAGAGGCCUCCCGCUGCUGGAGUCCGCCGCGGGCGACAAAUUUGUCAUGGCCGACCCCUCCGAGGCGUAUACAGUGGGAAGAAAUCUGCUGCUCGCACAUGCGGAAGCAGUUGAUCUUUACAGAAGCAAGUUUCAGGAGGCACAGGGAGGCGAGAUAGGCAUCGUGCUCAACUCGCAUUGGUUUACGCCCUUUGAUGAACACUCGGUAUCAGAUGCAAGCGCGGCUACAAGGGGAGUCGACUUCAUGUUUGGAUGGUUUCUGGAGCCUAUACUGUACGGGCAUUAUCCCCAAAGCAUGGAGGAAUGCGUUCCACCAGACAACCUUGCAUCUUUCACACAGCAAGAGAGGCGAAAGCUGCAAGGCUCGUUGGAUUUCCUUGGGUUGAAUUAUUACACGACGCAGUAUGCUUCCGAUGAUCCGCACCCUGCAGAUGGAGAGGGCUACUUUGCAGAUCAAAGGGUCAAGUAUUUACUAAAGAAGGGCGACGAGUACAUCGGAACACCGUCUGGAUCGGUGUGGCUGCACUCUGUUCCAAAGGGGAUUUAUGAGAUUCUGAUAUAUUUGGAUGACAAGUAUCCAGAACUCAAAGAAAUAUACAUCACUGAAAAUGGGUUUUCCACUAAGAGUGAUCACACGAAGACAGCGAAGAUGGUCUGCGAUGAUGACCAUGAUAGGACUAAAUACCACCAAGAUCACCUUGCAAACAUGCUCAAAGCAAUGAAACACAGAGACAUUUCCAACAAACUGAAGGGAUAUUUCGUGUGGUCCUGGUGCGACAACUUCGAAUGGGGCGACGGCUACACAGUUAGGUUUGGGUUAGUCUAUGUGGACUACAUGAAUGAGCUGACAAGGUAUCCCAAGAAUUCAGCUGCAUGGUUUGCCAAGUUUCUCAAGAGCAAAGGCCAGCCACCGGCGUGGUUCCACCCGUGGUGGGUCCCGCGGCCGCUCUCUCAGAAGAGAGCGCAUCCGGAGAAUGUUGAGACAGACAAAAGGCUCAAACUUGUGGAAACUAUCAAUCAAGACUAAUGUUUUGCAUGUGCAGUGAUAUGCAAUGUGUUGCUUGCUCUGUUUGCCUAAUAAAGAGCGUAUUUCACUGAACGUAGCAUUUAUACGGUGAAGUUAAGUAUUAUGUUGUUCAGAUGUUUUGUCAUCUUGGAAUAAAGCAUUAAUGCUACUCUAUUGGAGGUUAGGUCUUCAACCCCUCUAUAUCUGUAUCAACUUUUUGUAUGCUUUUAUGAAUAAUGAUAAAUAAGUAGGUGUUUUCGCCUACUUUCUUUUACAUCC